AGACUGACCGGUCAAUGUCAUUCUCUGGCCUUGUCAACUCACUCCCCAUCUCACUUUACGAUUGAUUGACUGGACGGAUCUUUCCACUGUGUAUGCUGGACACCUUCAUCUCGGGUAGAUGCAGGCCAGCACGUUCACGGAGGGCAAUCGUUUUAUUGUACCUUCUGAGGUGAGGGACGACAGUGAUUAACGCAGCCAUGACGCGAUUACAGCCAUCGUCCACUUGGUGGACCUUAUUUUUAUCCCUGGUGAUUCUACUCGGAUGCUUGGUCAUCCCUGGAGUCACCGUGAAACAUGAAAGUUUCAAGAAAUGCGACCAAUCCGGUUUCUGUAAACGGAACAGAGCCUAUGCCGACCAUGCCUCCGCCCAGAGCUCAUCUUGGAGCUCUCCCUACGCCCUCGAACCGUCCUCGAUUCACUUCAAGGAUGGCCUGUUGCAAGGAACGAUCCUCAAGGCGAUCUCGGCGACCGAGACCGUCAGAUUACCCCUGGUCGUGUCGUUUCUCGAGUCGGGAGUCGCCCGGGUUGUGGUCGAUGAGGAGAAGAGAAUGAAGGGCGAGAUCGAAAUGCGACACGACAGCCAGGCCCGCAAGGAGCGAUACAACGAUGCGCAGAAAUGGGUGUUGGUGGGGGGCCUGGGAUUGAGCAAGUCGGCCACCCUGAACCCGGAACAGGAGGAGGGAGUAACGAAGAUCUUGUAUGGACCGGAGAACCAAUACCAGGCUGUCAUCCGCCACUCUCCCUUCAAUGUGUUCUUCCAGAGGGACGGACAGACCCAUGUCCAGUUGAACAACAAGGGCUACCUGAACAUGGAGCACUGGCGCGCCAAGGUGGAAGUUCCAGAAGGAGCCGAGGCACCGCCGACCACGGAGGACGAAGGCACCUGGUGGGACGAAACAUUCGGCGGAAACACCGACACCAAGCCCAGAGGCCCCGAGAGUGUCGGCCUCGACAUCACCUUUCCUGGUUACAGCCAUGUCUUUGGGAUUCCGGAACAUGCGGACUCCAUGUCUCUGAAGGAGACCAGAGGUGGCUCUGGAAACCACGAAGAGCCCUACCGCAUGUACAACUCCGAUGUGUUUGAAUAUGAGCUCAAUAGCCCCAUGACCCUGUACGGUUCGAUCCCACUCAUGCAGGCGCACCGGAAAGACUCGACCGUCGGAGUCUUCUGGCUGAACGCUGCCGAGACUUGGGUGGACAUUGUCAAGACCACCGCCUCGGCCAACCCGCUCUCCUUGGGUAUUGGCGCCAAAACUGACACCCAGAGCCAUUGGUUCUCGGAGAGUGGCCAGCUCGACUUGUUUGUGUUCUUGGGCCCUACGCCACAGGAUAUCAGUAAGAACUAUGGCGAACUGACGGGUUAUACACAACUGCCCCAACACUUUGCGAUUGGAUAUCACCAGUGCCGCUGGAACUAUGUCACCGACGAGGACGUCAAGGAGGUCGACCGUAACUUCGACAUGUACCAGAUUCCCUAUGACGUGAUUUGGCUCGACAUUGACUACACGGACGACGUCAAGUAUUUCACCUGGGACCCUCUCCAAUUCCCCAAUCCCAUCGGGAUGGAGCAACAGCUGGAUGAGAGUGAGCGCAAGCUCGUGGUGAUCAUCGACCCCCACAUCAAGAACCAGGACGGGUAUCCCAUCGUGGAAGAGAUGAAGAGUAAGAAUCUGGCCGCGCGGAACAGGAAGGGUGAGAUCUACGAGGGUCACUGCUGGCCGGGCGCGUCCCACUGGGUGGAUUGCUUCAACCCCGCGGCAAUCAAGUGGUGGAUCGGCCUGUUCAAAUAUGACCGCUUCAAGGGGACCCUCCCCAAUGUGUUCGUCUGGAACGACAUGAAUGAGCCAUCCGUGUUCAAUGGGCCGGAAAUGACGAUGCCCAAGGACAACCUGCAUUGGGACAACUGGGAGCACCGCGACAUCCACAACAUCAACGGUAUCACCCUCGUGAAUGCCACUUUUGAUGCGUUGCUGGAGCGCAAGAAGGGCGUGGUCCGCCGUCCAUUCAUCCUGACCCGGUCGUACUACGCCGGCGCACAGCGUACGUCGGCCAUGUGGACGGGCGAUAACCAGGCCACCUGGGAGCAUCUCGCCAUCUCACUCCCCAUGGUUCUCAACAACGGAAUCUCCGGCUUCCCCUUCGCCGGAGCGGACGUUGGCGGCUUCUUCCACAACCCGACCACCGAACUCCUGACGCGGUGGUACCAGGCGGGCAUCUGGUACCCGUUCUUCCGUGCCCACGCCCACAUUGACACGCGCCGACGCGAGCCCUUCUUGAUCCCCGAGCCUCACCGGUCCAUCGUCGCGCAGGCGCUCCGCUUGCGAUACCAGCUCCUGCCGGUCUGGUACACCGCUUUCCACGAGGCAUCGGUCAACGGCACCCCGAUCGUCCGACCGCAAUUCUACGUGCACCCGGCCGAUGAGGCAGGGUUCGCGAUCGACGACCAGUUGUACCUUGGAGCGUCGGGCCUCCUGACCAAGCCGGUUGUUGCCGAGGGGGUGAACACGGCGGACAUUUAUCUGGCCGACGACCAGAAGUACUAUGACUAUUUCGACUACACGGUCUACCAGGGCGCUGGGAAGCAGCAUACCGUGCCCGCGCCCAUCGACAAGGUGCCCUUGUUGAUGCAGGGUGGCCAUAUCCUCCCCCGCAAGGACCGACCCCGUCGCAGCAGCGGGCUGAUGAAGUGGGACCCGUACACCUUGGUCGUGGUCGUGGACUCGAACGGAGAGGCCGAGGGGACCCUGUACGUGGACGACGGCGAGACCUACGACUAUGAACGCGGUGGCUACAUCCACCGGCGCUUCCACUUCCGCGAUGCCACCCUCUCCUCGGAGGACAUCGGCAUCAAGGGCCCCAAGACCGCCGAAUACCUCAAGGCCAUGUCCGCUGUCCGGGUGGAGAAAGUGGUCAUCAUCGACCCGCCCACGCAGUGGCAGGAGAAGGCCAGCGUCACGGUGGUCGAGGAAGGAGCCAAGUCCGCGUCGACGGCGACCGUGGAAUACCAUGACCAGGCGAGCGGCAAGGCCCCCUACGUCGUGGUGAAGAAUCCUGGGGUGAGCAUCGGCAAGACUUGGCGCAUGGAAUUCUAACCGCAUGACGGUCACCUUUAUGUAUACAUAGUUAGCAACCAUAUGAACUUUCCCCUGG